GAUGUGGCUGGGAUGUGGCGCCGAGUUGCGACAAAAAACAAAAUAGAAAACUUGACUAGUACAGACUAUACUGACUGUAGCAAUACUCGGAGUGCAGGGUCAUGUCGAGGGAAUGGGACAAGCUAGAGGUGCCCUUGACCCCAUGGAUACGCGAGGCAGUCGCAACCAUGGGCUUCCAACAAAUGACGCCCGUUCAGUCCAGCACAAUCCCGCUCUUUAUGAAACACAAGGAUGUCGUUGUCGAGGCAGUCACAGGCUCCGGCAAGACGCUUGCAUUUCUACUGCCCUUGAUUGAAAGGCUUAUUCAACGGGAUGAACCCUUCUCGCGGCAUCAUAUUGGCGCCCUUGUCAUCUGCCCAACAAGAGAGCUGGCCAUUCAGAUACAAACUGUAUUCACCAGUAUUCUAGCCUUGUCUGUGCCCGAAAGAGACGAGCCAGAACUUCUAAUGGAUGAGCAUGGACAAGUGGAUGAGGAUACAGUACAAGAGCCAGAGCCAGAACCGGUGCUCAUCUCGCAGUUACUCAUUGGAGGCCGAACCUCUGUCCAACAGGAUCUAGUCGCCUUUAAUGCAUCCAGUCCGCAUGUACUGAUUGGUACGCCAGGCCGGAUCAACGACUUUUUCAAUACUUCACGCGUGGUCAAGACAAAAGAGCUUGAAGUGCUCAUCAUGGAUGAAGCAGAUAGGCUGCUUGAUAUGGGUUUCCACGAUACUCUAGCCAGUAUCAUCAACAAGCUCCCCAAACAAAGGCGAACAGGCUUAUUCUCUGCCACCAUGACAGAUGCCGUCUCACAACUCGUUCGCACCGGUCUUCGCAACCCCGUCAAGAUCAUCGUUAAAGUCAAGGCGCAUCUCGGCGAUGACAAGCGAACACCAACGAGUCUGCAGAUGGGCUACAUGGUGCUCCAUCCAGCUGAAAAGAUUGCCCAAUUGAUACGUGUGCUGCAUUAUUCAUUGGCUGUGGAUAACUUGACAAAGAGUAUUGUAUACUUGCCGACCUGUGCAGCAGUGGACUAUUUUACACCGUUACUCUCACAGCUAUCGCAGCUCAAGGCAUUCACGCUGAUUCCCCUACACGGCAAGCAAGCACCUUCCAUUCGACAAAAACACUUUAAACGCUUCAUCUCGCUGGGUUCAGGAACGCCGAGUGUCCUCCUCACCACAGAUCUCGCUGCGCGCGGGUUAGACAUUCCAGACGUCGAUCUCGUCAUACAACUGGAUCCACCACAAGAUCCAAGUGCCUUUUCCCAUCGUUGUGGUCGUGCAGGACGUGCGGGUCGUCCGGGUAAAGCAGUUUUAUUUUUGAAUUGGGGUCGUGAGGAGGAGUAUGUUGAGUUCCUACAAGUCCGGAAGACACCCGUGUUGCCGUUACCUCGACUUACUCCAGACAAUCAAGUGGAUGCGAGUAUGUCUGAUACAGUCGAUGAGGGCUGUAAGACACUCAAUGAGCGAUUGAAGCAGAUUGUGAGGAAAGAUCGGGAUUUGUAUGAACGUGGUAUCAAGGCCUUUGUGUCUUAUAUCCGUUUCUACACAAAACAUCAAGCUGCAUAUAUCUUCAGGCUCGCAGAUCUUGAUUUGGCUGGGUGUGCGGCAAGUUAUGGUUUACUGCGAUUGCCGAGCAUGCCGGAACUCAAGGCACAGGAUGUGGUGUAUGAAGGUGAGCGUGUGGAUAUGCGGACAUUUGCCUAUGCCGAUAAGAUCAGAGAAACUGCACGUCUUGAGGCACUCACAAAAGCGGAUGCGGAACACGCUAGGAAGGUGGAAGCAGGGGAAGUAGCUGUCAAGCGGAAACCGAAAGUGGAAGCACCGGCGUGGUCAAACAAAAUGGAUGCGGUGGCACGAAAAGAAGCAAGGCGUGAUAAGAAGAAGCGGAAGAGAGAUGCUGAGUCUGCUACGAAUGCUGCAGCGUUGCCUGUUGCUGCUAAGACUGUGGACAGCUCUGACAGUGAGGCUGAGGCUGACUGGAAGGAGUUGAGACGGGAGAAGAAGAUGCGGAAUGCAGCGAAGCGGAUAGAGAGGGAGACAGACGAGCAGCAGGGAGAAGGAGAAGACGAAGGAGAGAGCGGCAGUGAAGGAGGCCGGGACAUGGUUGUGAGUGGAGGCAUGUUCGCCGACCUGUAG